AUGAGAGGCGAGGGCGAGCGCGCCUGGGGCCUCGGUGGCCGGCGACAGCGGGAGCAACACCGGGCGUGGGGAGUUGCGGGGCACGCGCGCCGGCGAGACGAGCCGUGGCGGCCUUCGGCAGGCGCGGGGGAGCGCGAUAGGCGCCGGCGGCUACAGGCUGCAGGGGGCGGCGGAAGGCGCAGCCCCGGCGCGGCAGCACGGGCAAGCAGGGCCCGAGGCCACCGCGAGCGGGCGGCAAGGCGGAGCGGGGUCGCGCGGGCAAGGCGCCGGACGCGCACGGGCGUGGAGGACACGGUCGAGGCCAAGUGGGCGCGGGCCAGCGCGCGGGGGGGGGGGGGGGCGGGCGGGGGGGGGCCUGGGGCGCGCGCCGAGAGCUACAUGGGGAACGACGGGGCGGGCACGGAGCGGAGGCAGGGAAGGGGGAGGGCGAUGCCCUCACCGGCGUUUGAAGAGGAGCGGGGCGGCGAGGCUCGACGUGGUCCGGUGGGGAGGAGGUCGGAGACGAGCGACGGGGACGGGGAGCGCCGGCGACGGAGUCGGGUCGGCGACGAGGCGAGGCCGCGGCUCCAGGCGGGCGUCGCGCGAGGGAGUGGAGAGGCGCGGAGGAGGCCGGGGGUGGCGGUGCUCGGCGCCGGCGGCGGCCUCUGGGGGAGCGGCGGCGGGGCAGCAUCUGAGCCCGAUCCCGAUUGGAUCGGGGGAGAGGGAGGGGAGAGAUAG